CCCGCCGCCGCCGCCCGGCCUCGAGCGUAGCAAGACGGCGAGGGAAAAGAGCGUGUGCCAAAGCCGCGGGGAAGGCGAGAGAAGGAGGCGCGCGCGGAGGGGAAAUGCAGCGACGGGGAGGCGUGAGCCGCCGAGCAUGUUGAGCUGGGCUCCGCCGCUCCUUCUGGGUCCAUCUUCGCCAGCGGCGCUGCCAACCCUCCCUCGACCCCUUUGGCAGCCGGUAGGCGCCCUCCUGAAGACGACGACGUCUAAGAUACCCUGAAAGGCGGCGGGAGAAAGAGAGAUCCAGAUCCCUUAGGAAGCCGCCUCCCCCCCCCCCUCCACUUCGGCUUCAAAAUGAAUCAGGUUGCUCCCUGCCGCCAAGGGGAAAUUUAAAAGCCGAAGGCGACCCGCAGCAGAUCCUUGGUUGCUAAGCCUGGGUGAGAAGAAGGCAGUUCAUAAUGGCCCAGGGAUCCAGUGACAUGGAAACAGCUGAUCAAGAGGAGAGCUCUCCAAAUAUGAUUGUUUACAGAAAAAUUGAAGAUAUCAUUACAAGAAUGCAAGAUGACAAAACAGGUGGUGUGCCCAUCCGAACAGUCAAGAGCUUUCUGUCAAAAAUCCCCAGUGUUGUCACAGGGACUGACAUAGUGCAGUGGCUCAUGAAGAAUCUCACCAUUGAAGACCCAGCUGAAGCAAUACAUAUGGGAAGCCUCAUUGCAGCACAGGGAUAUAUUUUCCCAAUCUCAGAUCAUGUACUUACUUUGAAGGAUGAUGGGACUUUCUAUCGCUUUCAGGCUCCAUAUUUUUGGCCUUCAAAUUGUUGGGAACCAGAAAACACAGACUAUGCCAUCUAUCUUUGCAAGAGGACCAUGCAGAACAAAGCAAGGCUGGAGCUGGCGGAUUAUGAAGCCGAGAACUUGGCAAGACUUCAGAGAGCUUUUGCAAGAAAGUGGGAAUUCAUCUUUAUGCAAGCUGAAGCUCAAGUGAAAAUUGACAGGAAAAAGGAUAAAACGGAAAGGAAAAUUUUGGAUAGUCAAGAAAGCUUCUGGGAUGUCCAUAGGCCAGUGCCGGGCUGCGUGAACACAACGGAGAUGGACAUCAGAAAGUGUCGGCGUAUGAAAAAUCCACAGAGGGUCAAAAAGUCAGUAUAUGGAGUUACAGAAGACAGUCAGUCCCAAAGUCCUGUACAUAUGCCCUCCCAACCAGCUCGGAAAACAACAAAAGAUGAUGUCCGGAAGCAAAUAACAUUUCUGAACGUGCAGAUAGACAGACACUGUUUAAAAAUGUCUAAAGUAGCAGAAAGCUUUAAUUACUAUUCAGAUCAGUACAUUGACUAUGACCCUUUUCUAACUCCUGCUGAACCUUCCAAUCCCUGGAUAAAUGAUGAUGCUAUAUUUUGGGACUUAGAAACAAGCAAGGAGCCUUCUCAGCACCGGGUCAAAAGAUGGGGCUUCUGUAUAGAUGAGGUGUUGAAAGAUCCCGUUGGGCGCGACCAGUUCUUCGGUUUUGAAUCGGAAUUCAGUUCUGAAAACCUCAGGUUUUGGUUGGCUGUCCAAGACCUGAAAAAACAACCAUUGCAAGAUGUAGCUACCAGAGUGGAAGAUAUCUGGCAAGAGUUCCUCGCUCCUGGGGCCCAGAGUGCCAUCAACCUGGACUCUCACAGCUAUGAGAUAACAAGCCAAAAUGUCAAAGACCCAGGGAGGUACACAUAUGAAGAUGCACAGGAACACAUUUACAAGCUGAUGAAGAGCGACAGCUAUGCACGUUUCCUCCGUUCUAACGCUUACCAAGACUUGUUGCUGGCAAAGAAGAAGCCCGAGAAUGAGCAAGGUCGUAGAACUUCUCUAGAAAAGUUCACUCGCAGCGUGCAAAGAAGCAGAUUCAGAAAUGGGUUCCAGAAACCAAACUGCUUUUCAUGCACGCACAGAAAAAAAGAGUAUUUUUUUUUCUAAGCUCGGUUAGUACUGUAGUGACUAUGACAUUAAGAACAUAGAUGCUGA